CAGUUGCUGUUCGCCUCGGCUGUGGCGAUGGCGAGUAUAAUGAUCUCGCAGCACUGCUCCUCGGGCUCAGGGACGAUAUCAUCGUCGAUGUCCUCUCGGCCGGGUAUCAUUCUUGUGGGGCAAGCGAAUCCUCCUGCGUUCAACCCCUCGAUUUCUCCAUCGCAUCCAUCGCCACUGCACUGGUUAUCACACUCGCCACGAUGGCCCUUGCGUGCGACCUCUCCUUACCCGCCGGCGUAUUCAUGCCCACGAUUUUGUGGGGCUGUCUGCUCGGGACGCUAUUCGGCGAACUGGUUCGAUACGUCGUGACCGACCCAGCCUCUAAAUCGGGCGUGCCGAUUGGUGCUUACGCGCUUGUUGGCGCAACAGCCGCGCUUGCCGGAGUCUUCCGUGGGUCCAUAUCUCUCGUCAUUAUCAUGCUCGAAGGAACCGGUCACGUGGAUUACCUGCUCCCGCUGCUUAUCGGCGUCGCAGUUGCCAAUCUUGCGGGAGCAGGGUUUGGUGCGCUCCUUGGGUGUGAAGGCUCGUUCUACGACCUGCAGCUGGCCGCGGCGCGCGUGCCGUUCCUGCGACACCACAGCGCGCCAGAGACUGCAGAAGACGCAUUAUCCUGCCCGCUUAUCGAUCGCGUGGGUGCUACCGUCGCUGAGGCAAUGUCGCGAGACCCGGUCUGCCUGAACCGCGUUGAGAGCGUCGCUCGGAUCGUUUGGGUGCUGCGUACCAACUCGCACAACGGAUUCCCAGUUGUCGACGGAACGGAGGAGCUCGGCUUGGAAAACGUCGGUCGCAGCAGAGGCGAUUCGGUUCGAAAAGGCAAAGUCGUUGGCCUGAUACUGCGGUCACAGCUCAUGGUGCUCCUCGCAAGGCGCGCGUUUGUCGAAGUUGCGCCCCCCGCUCCUGCGUCCAUGCCAGCUGCUCGUGCGUCGGCGGGAGGGCGCGCGAUGCGGGACUUUUUCAACAUCUUUCGCCGUGAGCGCGUUGCUGCCUCGUCCAGUGCGUCAGACGAAGACACCGGCUCUGAGGAGCUAUUCCCAGCUUUCUCCGGCCCCGGCGUCGAGGAGCUACGGACAUACUACGACACCCUCGAUGCGGACAUGCGAACCUUCCACCACAGGCACAGCCACGGAGACAGGACGGUGUCCGUGUCAAACGCGGCUCUUGACAGGAUCGGGCUGACGGACAGCGAGCUCGCCAACUACAAGUGCGACGUCGGCGCGUUCAUGAAGAUUGCACCAUUGACGGUGAACGAGAGGUGCUCGGUGUGGCGGGCAGCGAAUUACCUGAUUGAUGUAGGUUUGAGGCACCUGCCGGUUGUGGACAACGGAAACAAGGUAGUUGGGAUGUUGACUCGGGGCGACCUUUGCAGGUGCGCUGGGGAUGGUGAAGAGUGAACGAGCGAAUUGACGGGGACAGACAGAUGACGAUUGACAGCCGUAGCACGAAUGCCUCGAAAUCAAAUUAUAUGCGCAGGC